UUUCGUCGUUCCAUAUAAGUGCACAAGUUUUCUCAUUCAGGGAGACUCGCUUUCCAAAUAAGCAUUCAUUAAGAUGUUACCACUCGUGCUCGUAAUUUCUGUUCUGCUGCAGCUGUCUUUUCAACAGGAAGUUCCAGGUGUUCUGCAAAAAAGGAACCUACAAGGAGGAAAACGCACGGCAUUUUCCGCUAACAACGAAACAUGUGAUGGAACUCGGAUGUUUUCAACGUGCGGCAGCUGCGAAGCAGUGAAUGUCUGUUUAGGUAGCAGCAUGGAUUGGCGUUACUGUCGAUCAUUGACACCGGACAAGCCAUAUUGCAACAACGGAGAAUGCUCGGCUACUCCCAGCUACAACGAAUACUGCCCUCCCAGUUUGUACUGUACGGGGACUGGGUACUAUCCAGACCCAACCACUUGCAACAUCUACCAUUACUGUGUAGGAAAAUACUCUAUGUCAUCGGUGUACAUGUGUCCGAAAAAUUACGUAUUCAACCCGGAAACGAACCUUUGUAAACGCAAACAGCAGGAAGGUGACUGCAUGAAAGUUACCUGCAGGCCAGAAGAGAUAUUCUCCGCUUACGGUACCAGCAAACGAUUCUUCGGCUACUGUAGAUAUGGCGGCGAAGGAUCGUAUCCCUACGAUACGGAAAUCUACAGGUGCUCCGAGGGAACGGAGUUCAAUGGAAAAACCUGUUCCUUCCAGUGCCCUGACGAGGGACGAUUCCCCGAUAAUGCGAACCCGAGAGGUUAUUACGAAUGUUACUACUCGGACAGCGAUGAACUGAUUGCGAAUCCCCAGAUUUGUCCAUCCGACAGAGUGUACGAUGCGAAGCUGUUCACGUGCGUUCUCGAGGCGCUAACAACGUAUCCAACAACCACUGGAUAUCGAACGACCACCUCGAGCUAAACGAAACUCUGGUGUUUAUUGUAACCAACAAGCUAAUCAAUUGAUAAAAUAAACAGGUUAUAAUUUAA